AUGAAGCUCUCUGUCAUCUUCACCCUUGCCUUUGUGGCUGCGGCCACUGCUGCCGUCGUCCCCAGUCCCAGUGCGACUCCCGGUGACUUCACCAUUAACGUUCGCUCGUCUCUUAUUCCCCGCAACGACCUCCGCGUCGAGGGUGCCGAGGAUGGAUGCAAGGACGACAGCGACUGCAACAAUGGAGCUGUCUGCCACCACGACAACGGUAACUGUUACUGCUACCAGGACAGCUGCGUUUAUCCUUUAAAUGGUGGCUCCGUCUAA